AUGCCACAAACCGUCCAACUCAAGGCGCCGAAUGGAAAACAGUGGGAGCAGCCGACAGGCCUCUUCAUUGAUAAUGAAUUUGUAGACUCUUCGUCCCCUUCGAAUACGAUAUCGUCAGUAGACCCCGCCACUGAGAAGGAGAUCGCUGCAGUACAGGCUGCGACCGCGGAAGAUGUUGAUCGUGCGGUCAAGGCUGCGAAGAAAGCACUCCAGAGUCCAGAAUGGAAGUACAUCGAUACCAGUGAACGCGGAAGGCUCAUAGCGAAGUUGGCAGACUUGGUCGAGGAGAACAAGGAGCUUCUUGCGACGGUCGAUGCCUGGGACAAUGGCAAACCAUACAACAACGCCCUUAAUGAGGAUCUUCCCGAAUCGUUUUCCGUUCUCCGCUACUACUCUGGCUGGGCGGAUAAGAUCUCGGGCCAGACCGUCAAUGCCACGCGCCAGAAGUUUGCGUACACUAUCCGCCAGCCCAUUGGUGUUGUCGCCCAAGUCAUUCCCUGGAACUAUCCCUUGUCCAUGGCAUGCUGGAAAAUCGGGCCUGCUCUUGCUUGCGGAAAUACUGUGGUACUCAAAGCCGCCGAACAAACGCCUCUGUCAAUUCUCAUCUUAGCCAGCCUCAUUAAGCAAGCUGGGUUCCCACCGGGCGUGGUGAAUAUCCUGAACGGUCUAGGAAAGGAGGCUGGCGCGGCAUUGGUACAGCAUCCGUUGGUCGACAAGGUUGCAUUUACCGGCUCCACAGCUACGGCUACUCAAAUCAUGAAGAUGGCUGCAGUAGGACUGAAGAAUAUUACCCUAGAGACGGGCGGUAAGUCUCCGUUGCUCGUAUUCAAUGACGCCGACAUGGAGCAGGCGGUACGAUGGUCUCAUUUUGGUAUCAUGUCGAACCAAGGUCAGAUUUGCACUGCCACGUCGCGGAUUCUAGUCCAGGAGUCAAUCUACGAAACCUUCCUCGCUCAGUUCCGGCAGCAAGUCAAGGAGGUAUCCGUCAUUGGCAACCAGUGGAGCGAUUCUACCUUCCAGGGUCCUCAAGUGACCAAGCAGCAGUACGAGCGUGUGCUCUCGUACGUCGACAUUGGCAAGUCCGAAGGCGCGGAGCUCCUCGAGGGCGGUGAAGCCUGCAGCGGUGAAGGCUACUUCGUCAAGCCCACCAUCUUCACCAAAGUGUCGCCCAGCAUGCGCAUCUACCGCGAAGAAAUAUUCGGACCUAUUGUCGUUAUUGCAACGUUCAAGGACGAAGAGCAAGCCAUUUCCAUGGCUAAUGACUCGACAUAUGGCCUCGGCAGCGCCAUCUUUACCCGGGACCUCGAGCGCGCGCAUAGAGUCGCCGCCGAGAUUGAAACCGGCACCGUGUGGGUGAAUAGCAGUCAGGAUGUAGACAUCAGAGUCCCCUUUGGCGGCGUCAAGCACAGCGGUAUUGGGCGCGAGCUCGGCGAGGCUGGCCUCGAUGCUUACUCCCAGAUCAAAGCCGUGCAUAUUAAUAUGGGUACUAAGCUCUAA